AUGAUACGUGAGCUGAUAGUGCGUGUGCUGGAAGGCAGGGAGAUUGAUGGUGGGGCGCUGCCGAUGAAUACUGCUGAUGCAGAAGAAAGCUUGAGUGACAUGGGGAUUGAUGAUAUUUUGGGAUGUGUGAUUCCUUAUUUGCACGGAGUAGCAAGCGAUCGGGCUGGAAGAAAAGAAGAUGCGUUGAGGCUGUUUAGUGAAUACUGUGCAGAUUGCGAAUAUCUGAAGCUGGUUCCUGAAGAGACAAUGGAGAUAUGCAGGAAGAGGGAGCGUGAGGGAAGAAUAAGGAUGCAGAGCAAGAUAAGGGGAUUUAGAUUUGAAGUGAUUGACUGGGAGGACAGGGAGUGGGUGAUGAAUCUUAUUGAGUAUUUUUAUGUGGUAGGGAUGAAGAAUAUCGAGCAUCUGAAUGCUGAGAUCGGAUUGGCUGAGAGAAGAGAAGAGUGUGGAGCAAGCAAUAGAGCGGGUAUUGAGUGUGUAAGGAUUGAUGAGUCUGGAAGAGCUGAAAAUAUGCUUGUGCGGAGAAACAAGCCAACUAUGAGCCUUGAUGAGUUUGCAGACAGAUUGAUGGCCAGCAUGAAAAACGAGGUGAAGGAUGCAGAUGCAGAUGGCACAGAGCCGAGCGAGAUGUACACAAGAGAGGAGCUGAUUAUGAAGGAUAGCGAAAGGGAGUGGAGAGGAUCGAAUAGAGGAAAUACAAUAGGAAUGGGAUGA